GCAGCGCUGGGUACACGUGUUCGUGUUUACGUCUGCCAAACAUGGAAAAACUUCGAGUUUUAGAGCUCUACAGCGGCAUUGGAGGGAUGCAUUACGCUUUAAAAGAGAGCGGGGUCUCCGCUGAGGUCGUGGCCGCUGUAGAUGUCAACACCACAGCCAACGAGAUCUACAGGCACAACUUCCCGGGCACGCCCCUGUGGCCGAAGACCAUUGAGGGACUGACGCUUAAUGAUUUCAACAAGCUGGGGUUUGACAUGAUUUUAAUGAGUCCACCGUGCCAGCCCUUCACAAGAAUUGGAUUGCAAGGCGAUGUUUCUGAUCCCAGAACAAAGAGCUUUCUCUACAUCCUCGAUGUCCUGCCAAGGCUGAAUAAGUUGCCACGGUUUAUCCUGCUGGAGAAUGUGAAGGGCUUUGAGACCUCUUCCGCCAGGGAUUCUCUUGUGCAGACCCUGAAGGACUGUGGGUACAGCUAUCAGGAGUUCCUGCUGUCUCCAACAUGUCUGGGGAUUCCGAACUCGAGGCUGCGCUACUUUCUCAUCGCCAGGGCAACACCGGGAUCCUUCUCGUUUCGGACGGCACCAGGGCUGAUCCUGGAGUCCUUCCCAAAUUCUGCUGCUAACGGUAACACUCCAGACCACGCUCCCAUCCCAGACGGCUGUCCCCCUACCAGCAGCGAGGAGGCGGAGUCUGGGCGUGUCCUGUACAAGAUGGAGACUCCUCGCGAGCUGGAGAGGAAGCAGUCGCAAGACGCUGACCAAUCCAUCAGGAGGAUCCAGGAGUUCCUGGAGGAGGAGGGCGGGACUGGGAUGGACAUGGAGCGGUACCUCCUGCCCCCGAAGACCCUCCUCCGCUACGCCCUGCUCAUGGACAUCGUCCGGCCCACCUGCCGGAGAUCUGUCUGCUUCACCAAGGGGUACGGACACUAUGUAGAGGGGACAGGUUCUGUUCUUCAGUCCAGUAUGGAAACAGAGUUGGAGACGGCGUUUGCGUCCCUGGACUCAUUGUCAGAGGAGGAGAAGCUGAGCCGGCUGUCAAAGCUCCGGCUGCGAUAUUUCACUCCCCAGGAGAUUGCCAACCUGAUGGGCUUCCCUGCACAGUUCUGCUUUCCUGAGAACACCUCUAUCAAACAGCAGUAUCGGGUCCUGGGAAACAGCCUGAACGUUCACGUCGUGGCCAGACUCAUACAGCUGAUGGUGGCAUAACCGAAAGGGGGACAUCUUAUUUCAGACAGUGGGCAGAGCUUCCUGCAGCAGUGAAUUGAUUCUUUCAGGGUGCUAACUGCUAAAAAUGACAGGAGAAGAGGAAGACAAAGUGACUCAUGUUUACCCAUAAUACUGUGUGGCUCAGUUACCAGGUUAAUUCCACUUCCUGUUUUGAAAAGACUGAUCAUGCAUUUCGCUCUGCAGUUUGUGUUAUGCCC